AUGCUGGUGUGCCAGGGACCAGGCCUUGGAUCAGUGACCCAUAAAUCCACAUGGGCUCUGGGCGCCAGAACCAAGAAGUGGCUGCUUGCUGAUGUCAUCUCAACUGUGGAGUUUAGUCACUCUGGAGACCUUCUUGCAACAGGAGACAAGGGCGGCAGAGUGGUUAUUUUCCAGCGGGAACAAGAGAAUAAAAGCCGCCCUCAUUCCAGGGGGGAAUAUAACGUUUACAGUACCUUUCAAAGUCACGAACCAGAGUUUGACUAUUUGAAGAGUCUAGAAAUUGAAGAAAAAAUUAAUAAGAUUAGGUGGCUACCACAACAGGGUGCUGCUCGUUUUCUGCUCUCCACAAACGAUAAAACUGUUAAAUUAUGGAAAAUAAGUGAACGGGAUAAAAGAGCAGAAGGCUAUAACUUAAAAGAUGAAGAUGGACGACUUCGAGAUCCAUUUAGAAUCACGGCACUACGGGUCCCAAUAUUGAAGCCCAUGGACCUUAUGGUAGAAGCAAGUCCACGACGAAUUUUUGCAAAUGCUCACACAUAUCAUAUAAAUUCCAUUUCAGUAAAUAGUGAUCAUGAAACAUAUCUUUCUGCAGAUGACCUGAGAAUUAAUCUAUGGCAUUUAGAAAUCACAGACAGAAGUUUUAACAUCGUGGACAUCAAGCCUGCCAACAUGGAAGAGCUGACGGAGGUGAUCACAGCGGCCGAGUUCCACCCGCACCAGUGUAACGUGCUCGUCUAUAGCAGCAGCAAGGGGACCAUCAGAUUGUGCGACAUGCGCUCCUCCGCCCUGUGCGACCGACACUCCAAGUGCUUUGAAGAGCCGGAAGACCCCAGCAGGAGGUCCUUCUUCUCAGAAAUAAUCUCUUCUGUGUCCGACGUGAAAUUCAGCCACAGCGGUCGGUACAUGAUGACCCGAGACUACCUGUCAGUGAAGGUGUGGGACCUCAACAUGGAGAGCCGGCCUGUCGAGACCCACCAGGUCCACGAGUACCUUCGAAGCAAGCUAUGUUCCCUGUACGAAAAUGACUGCAUCUUUGACAAGUUUGAGUGCUGCUGGAACGGCUCCGACAGUGCAGUCGUGACGGGGUCCUACAACAACCUCUUCAGAAUGUUCGAUAGGACCACACGGAGGGAUGUCACGCUGCAAGCUUCCAGGGAGAACAGCAAGCCUCGCGCCAGCUUGAAGCCCCGCAGAGUGUGUGCAGGUGGGAAGAGAAAGAAGGACGAGGUGAGCGUGGACAGCCUGGACUUCAGCAAAAAGAUUCUGCACACAGCCUGGCACCCAGCGGAGAACAUCAUUGCCGUGGCUGCCACCAAUAACCUGUACAUAUUCCAGGACAAGGCCAACUAA